AUGGUGUCAGUGGUUAGAGUGUCUAAGUUCAGACAUGUCUUUGGUGAAGAAUUACAAGAAAAAUUUGAAGACUUAAGGCCAAGCACACUUUCUUCAGAAAGCACUCUAAUCAAGUCCAAUGGCACAAAUAUAGUAUUUCCUUGGGAAUCGGGUGGGGCUGGCGUUUUAGCUGUAUUUGCGAUGUCGGAGAUAGGCCGAAUUGCUCCAAGUCACCCUUUUAUCAGAGGCCAUGCCGGGAAUAUUUUGGACUAUGAGUUUAAUCCUUUCAAUGACUUUCAGUUAUUAUCAUUAUUUAUAUUGAAUAAUUAAUUUUUCUUGUAAAAUUUAUUAUUGAGUACUAUUUAACCUAAAAAGGAUAAGUUGCGGCGAUGAUGCAACGUUAAAGUUAUGGGAUAUCCCAGAAGGAGGACUAACUGCCGAUAUCACAGUCCCCAGAGUUUCGUUAUCAGGCCACGGAAAAAAAGUUAGCCUUCUAAAUUUCCAUCCUUCAGCUGCAUUUUUGUGUGCAAGUGCAUCAUUUGAUAAAACAAUCAAAGUGUGGAAUAUUGAAAAUGGGAGCCCAGCCCUUGAAAUUUCAAAUAUUAAUGAAAUUAUCCUUUCCCUACAGUGGAGUCCUAUAGGCAGAUCGAUAGGUUAUACAACAAGAGAUAAGUAUGCAAAGGUCUCUGACCCAAGAAUUGGAAGAAAUGUAAUAGAAGUUCUAGCUCAUGAAGGCUCAAAACCAAGUAAACUAAUUUCAAUAAAUAAACCUUCUAUAAAUUUUCUAUCAAAAAUCUGCAAAUUCAUAAUAAAAUGAUAUAAAAUGGGUUGGAUUGAUGAAGACACCAUCGUAACCUGUGGCUUCUCCAAGAUGAAUGACAGGCAGCUUUCAGUCUGGGAUUUGAGGAAUUCCCAAAAAAUCAAGACCAUAAACAUUGACCAAGGAUCAGGAGUCUUGUACCCAUUUUACGACUCUGACACCAAAAUCCUCUUUGUCGCUGGUAAAGGUGACGGAAAUAUCCGCUAUUACGAAAUUGUAGGAGACGACCAAUAUAUGUAUUAUGUUGAAGCUUUUAGGUCAAAUAUCCCUUGCAGAGGGAUCAGUUUUAUUCCAAAGCGAAAAGUUGACGCAGAUUCCUGCGAAAUUAUGAAGGCUGUCAAGUUGACUAAUAACACUGUAGAUUUAGUAAGCUUUAAAGUACCUAGGCGUGUAGAAUCGUUCCAAGACGAUAUUUAUCCGGACUGCAUCUCUGGAGAGCCUGCAAUGAGCUCAUCUGAAUGGCUUAGCGGGACUGAUAGAGAGCCUAGGAGAGCUCCAAUUAAACAAAUUGACAGUUCACCUGCAAGGGUUGAAUUGCAUGUCCAGCCCCACUCGCCUGCACCUGUGCAACAUGGCCAGAAGAGCGUUAAGGAUUAUGAAAAAGAGCUAAAUGAAGCUAAAGCGACGAUUAAAAUGCAGCAACAAAGGAUUGCUGAGUUAGAGGCUCAGUUGGAGUCAAAAACUAAGUUAGAAUAA